UUUUAUUCAGUUUCAAAAAGAAAAGAAAAAAAAAAUGGCGGGCUAAUCUCUCUCUUCUCUCUUCUCUCUCUCUCUCACACACACACACAUUUGAUUCACUUUUCGUACACAUCACUGAUUUUCCAAAACAGAAAGAUGCAGAGCUCGGAGGAGAACAGUGUGCUAACGCGAAUGGCGGAGAUGCGGCUAGUUUGCGAACGAGAAAUCCCAAUUCAGCAGCAGAGAAUCGACUCUCUGCAUACUUAUUACCGGAAUUCUUUCGAUUCCGCCAAAUCCGACGCCCAACGAACCUUGCAACUCCAAGAGGAAUUGGAAAAGCUGAAAGAGGAAUUUAGGGCAGCUGAAGAAGCUCUGGUGAAGGCUCGUGCUGAAAAAACUCGAAAAGCGGCAAAGAAGAUGGCGAUAAUGGAGUCCAUAUCUGCUGCACAAGCUAGGGUUAAAGAAUUAGAAGGAAUCGUGAAGGAUCAGGGCGAAAGAAAAGAGAACUACGCUGCUAUAAUAUCUCAACAGUCUGAAGCUUUGGCAGUUGCCAGAGAAAAGUGUCAUCAGAAAAUCGAACACACAGAACAAAUAGAGGAAGCUAUUUCGUGGUACAACAGGGUCCUCGCUUUCCGUAUUGAAUGUGGUCAUGGUGUAAAAUUCAUAUUCACUAACAUUGAUCCGAAGAACCCAAACGAGGAGUACUCCUUUACCAUUCGUCACGAGAAUGAGAUAUACACUCUGCUCACGUGUGAUCCACAACUGAACGACACGAAAGAGCUGGUUAAUGAGUUAAACAAAAGCAAUGGACUAUUCGAAUUUGUUAGAACCAUGAGAGUGAAAUUUCAAGAAGCUGCGUCACACGGAAUUUCGCCACAUGGCCCGUCUCUCGAUCAAGACUCUUCGAUGAUUUCCCUUUCUGCCCCUGUAGUGUCAGUUUCAACCGAUCACAGAUAUGAAUCUCCAGUCAAAGAAAAGGGACUUAAAUUUUCUGAAUCGAACAGCAGUUCAAGAAAAGUUGGCAGAGGACAAACAAUUCGCUCUCCAGGAUCUGCUUCUCUUCGUCGUUCCUCUCGCUUAAAGGGUAAGAGUUGAAGACGAUCUUGAAAUCGUUUAAUCGCCUGCUCAGUCUAUUAUCAGUUUCCGAUGUAAGCAUUAUAAGCUUUUAGUUUCUGGGAUCAAAUAACUUUCUCUUCGUUGCAUGUAAGAACGAUGCUAAAAAUCAAGUGUGCAAUCAAAUUGAGUCGAACACAUAAUACUAUUGUACAAUGUUGUUUAAUAUUUUUAUCGAACUUCAAAAAA